AUGGACCACAGAACAACGAUAUCAUCUGGGACUGGGGUUGGGAAGAGUCCUCGGAAAGACGACGCCAUUAUCACUCAGGUUAACAGGGAUGCUAUGGCCAGCAAGGCCUUCCUCGAGGAAGAGGGCCGCUCAGAGGAGGAGAUGCAAUGUGUCAUUAAAGGGGAUGCUCACUUCCAUCGGCUCGGUUGGAAGCGGCUUACUGUCGUUUCCAUAGUCGAGGGCAUCGCUCUUGGGAGCCUGGGCUUGCCUUUUGCAUUCGCCACUCUUGGCAUGGUGGCAGGUGUAAUCAUGACAAUCGGUAUUGGCUUCGUUGCCAUGUAUGCAAGCUACAACAUUGGCCAGGUAAAGCUCAAGUACCCUGAGAUCGCUCAUUAUGCGGAUGUCGGACGGCUUCUGCUGGGCAAUAUUGGAUCGAAGAUCUUUAUAGCUAGUUUCGUUUGCCUGCUGAUAUUCGUCGUCGGAUCACACUGCUUGACCGGCGCCAUCGCCUUCAAGACCAUCACGCAAAGUGACGUGUGCUCGGUCGUCUUUAGCAUCACGUCGGCUGCAAUUUUGCUGAUACUGGCUAUUCCACCAGCAUUUGCAGAUAUCGCCAUACUGGGCUAUAUUGACUUUGCCUCGAUUAUUCUAGCAAUAGGAGUCACUAUGAUCGCCACGGGGAUUCAGAAUACGAACGGUUCCAAUGGGUUUGCUACUGGCCUUGCUGCAUGGUCUCCGUGGCCGAAGGAAGGCAUCACCUUCGCAGAGGCUAUCGUAGCGACCAACAGUAUUGUAUUCGCCUAUUCCUUCGGCGGUUGUUUACCAUCGUUCAUGGAAGAAAUGCACACACCGGAGGACUAUGUGAAGACUCUCUGGUGGCUCGGCGGUAUUCAAAUUAUCAUCUACACUCUGACAGGCUCGCUUAUCUAUGCAUUCGUGGGACAAGAGGUACAGUCCCCUGCUCUUCUAUCAGCGGGCCCUCUUAUCUCAAGGGUUGUUUUUGGUAUCGCACUUCCAGUGAUCUUCAUCUCGGGCUCGAUCAACACCACGGUGGUCUGUCGGUAUAUUCACGGAAAGGUAUACCGCAACUCAGUUGUCCGGUACAUCAACACCCCGAGGGGCUGGAUUACAUGGCUCGGGCUUGUGCUGUUCGUUACCCUUCUCGCGUGGGGCGCAUGGUAUGAAAAGCGCAAUUUGAAGACUGCUAUGUACAAUGGCGUGGUGUUUAUUGUUGGGAUGAUCGUCUUUGGAUGCGGCACGUACUCCAGUAUUGCCGAGCUGGUUCAUAAAUUCCAGUCAAAUUCCAUUAGCAAACCUUUCACGUGUUCUACUUGA